AUGCGAUGAUUUUUUUCUACUAAUCAUAAAGAUAUUGGAACUUUAUAUAUUUUAUUUGGAAUUUGAUCAGGGCUAGUGGGAACUGCACUAAGUCUUCUAAUUCGUGCUGAGUUAGGACAGCCUGGGGCUUUACUAGGGGAUGACCAAUUAUAUAAUGUUAUUGUUACAGCUCAUGCUUUUGUAAUAAUUUUUUUUCUAGUAAUACCUAUAAUGAUUGGGGGAUUUGGUAAUUGGUUAGUUCCUUUAAUAUUAGGUGCUCCAGAUAUAGCUUUUCCUCGGCUUAAUAAUAUGAGAUUUUGACUUCUUCCUCCUGCUUUAUGCCUAUUAUUAGGUUCUGCUGCUGUUGAAAGAGGUGUGGGAACCGGAUGGACCGUUUAUCCUCCUUUGGCUGGAAAUAUCGCCCAUGCAGGAGGAUCGGUUGAUUUGGCUAUUUUUUCUCUCCAUCUAGCUGGAGUUUCUUCUAUCUUGGGAGCUGUAAAUUUUAUCACUACUGUUUUUAAUAUACGUUGAAAAGGAAUACAGCUGGAACGACUUCCUCUAUUCGUUUGGUCAGUAAAAAUCACAGCUAUUCUUUUACUUCUAUCUCUCCCAGUUUUAGCAGGGGGAAUCACAAUAUUGUUAACAGACCGAAAUUUUAACACAGCAUUUUUUGACCCAGCAGGAGGCGGUGACCCAAUUUUAUAUCAACAUUUAUUUUGGUUUUUUGGACACCCAGAAGUGUAUAUUUUAAUCCUUCCAGGAUUUGGAAUGAUCUCCCAUAUUGUAAUACAUUAUACGUCUAAAAAGGAAACUUUUGGCACCCUAGGAAUAAUUUAUGCGAUAUUAGCUAUUGGAUUAUUAGGAUUUAUCGUUUGAGCUCAUCAUAUGUUUGUAGUUGGUAUGGACGUAGAUACUCGUGCUUACUUUACUGCAGCGACUAUAAUUAUUGCAGUUCCAACCGGAAUUAAGAUUUUUAGAUGAUUAGCUACGGUUCAUGGUUCCCGAAUUAAGUAUGAAAGGGCUAUAUUAUGAGCGCUCGGAUUUAUUUUCUUAUUUACUGUAGGAGGAUUAACAGGAAUCGUCCUAUCUAAUUCUUCUUUAGAUAUUAUGUUACAUGACAGUUAUUAUGUAGUAGCACAUUUUCACUAUGUCUUGUCAAUAGGAGCUGUAUUUGCUCUCUUCGGAGCUUUUAAUUACUGAUAUCCACUAAUAUCUGGCCUUGUUUUACAUGAACGAUGGACUAAGUCCCAUUUUUUUAUUAUGUUCAUCGGAGUAAAUUUGACUUUUUUUCCUCAACAUUUCCUGGGGUUAAGAGGAAUACCUCGGCGAUAUUCAGAUUAUCCAGACGCUUAUAUAAAAUGAAAUGUAGUAUCUUCUAUUGGCUCUUUAAUUUCAUUUAUUGCAGUGCUGUUUUUCAUAUUUAUUGUCUGAGAAAGAUUAAUUUCUCAGCGAGGAGUUAUUUGAAGAAGACAUUUGUCCUCUGCUUUAGAAUGAGAUAACACUGUCCCUUUAGAUUUCCAUGGUAGUGAUGAAACAGGGGCGAUUGUAACUUAAGUUAAGAUA